AUGAUUCGAUGGGUCUUCAUUUUCUCUUUCGAACGAUUCAGUAAUUAUAUUGGUAGUGAACGUAAAAUAGCAUUUUCUGGUCGUGAUUAUGCUCUAUAUUUUCUGAGUAUUGCAUUUAUUGAUGGUUAUAUAAUAUGGUCUGAUUUUACUAACCAUUCAUUAAUUCGUGCUGAUUCAUUGGAUAGUUCAAAUAAACAUGUACUUCUAUCUAAUGCAAUCAAUGAAGUUAUGACUCUUACUAUAUAUAAUGGAAAUAAUCGAACAUGUGUAUCAAAUUGUAAUUUUAAUCAACAUUGUUAUGAUCCAUUAAAUGAACGAUGUAUUGCAGGGUCAGUAAAAUGUAAUGGUGUUUAUCGACAAUGUUCUGAUGGUAAUGAUGAAUUAAAUUAUGAUAAUCGUAGAUGUACUCAUAAACAAUUUACAUAUAAUAAUGGUCGAUGUAUAGCAUCAUCACAUGAAUGUGAUUUAGAUAAUGAUUGUGGUAAUAAUAGUGAUGAAAAUCCAAAUCAAUAUUUGCCAUGUAAUAAUGCAAAUCAUUUUCGAUAUAAUAAUGAACGAUGUAUUCCAAGAAGUUUUCAAUGGUAA